AUGGCUUUUCAAAAGAGUGUCUCUCCUCCACCAUCACUUCCACCUAUCUCCAUGUUCACAAAAUCCCCUACGCAUGUUACUUCAAGUCUUAUGCCAGCAUCGCCGCCUAAUUCAAACUAUAAAUCACUACCUAUCUUACCAAAGCCACAUCAUCAAGAAGUGCGCUCUCCUCCACAUUAUAACUCUUGUUCUUCCCCUUCUUCUGUCUCAACACCUCCUACACCAGAUCAACAAACACUUUGGAUCUUAUUCAAUCAAUUCCAACAGUAUCGUUCUGCUCAAGAACCCUCGAAAGAACAGAGAGCAUAUAAUCCUGCCACUAACAAUACACCAUUGAAACCUAUUCAAGAAAAAGCUUUAUCGUCGGAAGAAGUCCUUGCAGAAAAAAGGAAACGCAAUGCAGGAGCCAGUGCUAGGUUCCGUGACCGCCGCAAGCAACGUGAACGAGAACUUCAUGAAAAAUGUCAAGCAUUAGAAAAGCACACGAAAGACUUGGAAGAUGCACUAAGACGAAUAGAUCCAAAUCAUCCAUUAUUGGUUCCUAAUACACAAGUAUUCUCAGAACGUGAAUCUACAUCACCGCCACCACAAAUCCAUGCAGACCAACAUACUUUGUUUGAUCGUGUGGGUCAAUUGGAACAAAUGAUGCAUCGCUUUAGACAAGAAAAAGAAACCGAUGUUCAAAAGUUAGACGAACUUGAAAAAGAGAAUAAAUACCUAAGAUCAUUGCUAGUGCCAGUCAAUAGUCUGUCUACUAAAGAAAGUCCUAAACAAAAGCAUACUUCUUUAGAAGACGACAAUGCAAAUAAGCGACCUCGCUUGUCCUCUGAAGUAGAUUAA